CAUAUAUCCAUGGUUGGAGCAGACAAGAUGAGAAUAACAUGGGUGACCAAGGAUGAAACUCCUGCAGAAGUACAUUAUGGGACAGCUCAAGGCCAACUUGGCAGCUCUGCCACCGGGAGUACCCGUUCAUACAAGUAUGUCGUGUACACAUCGGGCACAAUUCACGAUGUGGUCAUUGGACCAUUGAACGCAAAUACUGUAUAUUAUUACCGCUGUGGCUCCUCCGGUCCCGAAUUCAGCUUCAAAACCCCACCUUCUCAGUUCCCCAUCAGAAUUGCAGUUGCAGGUGAUUUUGGACAGACGGAAUGGACGAAGUCCACCCUGGACCACAUAUCCAAAUCCAACUACGACUUGCUUCUUCUGGCCGGAGACUUGUCAUACGCAGAUUUUUAUCAGCCAUUGUGGGACUCUUUUGGGCGGCUGGUUGAGCCCCUGGCUAGCCAGAGGCCUUGGAUGACCGCGACAGGCAACCACGACGUUGAGAAAAUCAUCGUUGUCCACCCGGAGAAGUGCACAUCCUACAAUGCAAGAUGGCACAUGCCCUUUGAGGAGAGUGGCUCUACUUCGAACCUCUAUUAUUCCUUUGAAGUUGCCGGAGUUCAUGUGGUGGUGUUGGGAUCAUACAGUGACUUUGGCUCAGACUCCGACCAGUACAAGUGGCUUCAAGCGGAUUUGGGGAAAGUUGAUCGGAAGAGAACCCCCUGGCUGGUGGUGAUGCUCCAUGCCCCAUGGUACAACUCUAAUUCCGCUCAUCAGGGUGAGGAAGAAUCAGAUGGAAUGAGAGACUCCAUGGAAGAAAUACUUUAUAAAGCUCGAGUGGAUGUCGUCUUUGCUGGCCACGUCCAUGCUUAUGAGCGCUUUGACCGAGUUUAUCAAGGCAAAACUGACAAGUGUGGUCCCGUCUAUAUAACCAUUGGGGACGGCGGCAACAGAGAAGGCCUUGCGACCAAGUACAUUGACCCAAAACCCGAUAUUUCACUCUUCAGAGAGGCGAGCUUUGGACAUGGGCAGUUGAAUGUGGUGGACGGGAACACGAUGGAGUGGACGUGGCAUAGGAAUGAUGAUGACCAAUCUGUUGCUUCGGACUCCGUCACGUUGAAAAGCCUCGCAACUGAACCAGGCUGCAACUAAUUAAGCUGUAAAAGGAUGUGAGCUAGGGAUGGAAUUGGGAGCUCUGUUCAGGAAGGCCUCCAUUUUAGUGGUCGUUGACUAGUGGAAAAAUAAAUCGUCGGAUUCAAAUGUUCCUCCUU